GUAGAUACUACAACUGGGACAACUGUAAAGACUACUGAAUCGUCUAGAGAGACUACUGCACAAGCUGUUGAGACUACUAUGACACCUUUAGAUGCUACUAGUGUAAUAACUAGAGCAGGCGUAGAAACUACAUCAUAUAUCGAGACUACGUCUUCAGCUGAAGACACUACUGAAUCACCUAGAGAUACUACCAGUGGAACAAGUGUAAAGACUACUGAAGAAGCUAGAGAAACAACUGAAAAACCUAUAGAAAGUACAAAAUCAACUUCUACAAGGGCUGUCGAGAGUACUGCAGUACCUGGAACCGUACAUACUACUGCAGAGACUGUGGAGACUACUUCAACACCUUUACAAACAACUACAGCACCUAAAGAAACUGCUGCAGCACCUAUAGAGUCAACCUCUUCACCUAUCGAGUCAACCGGAGCACCUGUAGAAAGUACUAAAGCACCCAUCCAGGCAACUUCUUCACACGUAGAGACUACUGAAUCAACUCUACAUACUAGAAGUGCAACAACCAUAAAGACUACUGUAGUAUUUGCAGAGACCACUGCACAGGAUGUGGAGACUACUGUGACACCUGUAGAUGGUACUAGCGGAACAGCUAGAUCACCUGUAGAAACGACAGCACCAAUCAAGACAACUUUCUCACCUGAAGAGACUACUGAAUCACCUAUAGAUACUACGAGGGGAACAAGUGUAAAGACUACUGAGGUAGCUAGAGAAACAAGUGAAAAACCUAUAGAAAGUACAACUUCAACUUCUACUGCAGAGACUGUUGAGACAUCUUUAACACCUGUAAAAACAACUGAAGAGACUACUGGAUUACCUGUAGAUACUGCUGGAACAACUGAAAUGACUACUGCAGGUACUGGAGAGACUACUGCACAAGCUGUGGAGACUGCUGUGGCACCUGUAGAUGGUACUAGUAGU